CCAGUCAGAAGCGAGAAGAGUUAAAUUUAAAACGGCAUUCAGGCAGAGCUCUAAGCAUUUAACCUCAGCGUUUUGCACUUGGAAAGACAUAUUUUUAAAAGAUGCUGCGAAGCUUCCUCGACCACCUUAAGCAAAGGCGGAUGCAGUCAAAGUGCUUGUGCGCCAUUGGUUCACGCUUGGUUUCCAUUCAGCUUCUGGAAGAAAAGGCAGCUUCAGAGAACCUGUCUGUGAUUGGCAUACUUUUAAACCACCAAAAGUGACAGGCAAAACGACUGGAGGAGAAAAACAGACUGGGCUCUCCAGUUGCCUAGGCAACAGAGUGUAAACUUCCCCAGGAUUCUCCCCUGAGAGCCAGCCAGGUAAGGAGUAACAGGUCCCAACCUGCAGUGCUUUGUCUUUAGGAAUGAGCCAGUCCAUGCAGAUGAUGCAUUAGGGCUUUUUAAAAAGUAAAAAAUGUGUUUAUUGUGCCAUCGCAUAACAAGUUACAUUCCAGGCUGUUGGAUCUGGCUGGGUGUCACACAAAACAAUAACCUCCUUGUUGCUGUGGCCUGGAAGUAUUGUGGGCUAGAUGUGUCAGAGGGUACAGCCCAGAGCCAGGGAAACCCAGGCCUGGGGGCCACAUGUGGCCCUCCAAGGCUCUCUACCGGGUCUUCAGGUCUCUGCCCAGGCCACACUCCCUCCUCAGUCACAUCCCUUGCUGGCCUUGCUUUGCACUUCCUUAAGUGUUUUUGUCUGUUGAAAACCAGUGUGGCAUAGUGGUUAGAGUCAGACUAGGACCUGGGAGGCCAGGGAUUCAAAUCAACGCUUGCCAUGAAGCUCACUAGGUGAUUUUGGGCCAGUCAUUGUCUCUCAGCUUCAAAAGGUUGUUGUGAGGAUCAAAUGAGGAGGGGGAGAACCACAUACGCCACCUUGAUACGCCCAUGGAUUCAGGACAGACAAAUGAAAGAUCUUCUUCACAAAGUAAUAGCAUGGGAUUCGCUCCCAAGCGUGAUAAGCGAUGGCCACCAUCCUGGAUACCUUUAAAAGAUUAUUCGACAAAUUCAUGGAGGAUAGGCUAUCAAUAGUACCAUUAUUUUUCUUAAUUAACAAUAAUUGAUCAGUCAUGUAACCAGUGUUGCAACUCUAUCUGUAAGUACCACAAAUUCUCUUUUGAUUAUAUCAUAUUAUUUAGCUUUUAAUGCCUAGAAAAAUCUUAUUGAUUCGAAUUUAUAUGUUAAUAUUUCAGAAACAAGAUGGCAAAGCUGAUGAGAAGGGAAGUCACCUAGCUUGCAGUAGUGGUGUGACAUGGACAAUAUCUUUGAUACGUAUCAACUGAAUAGAAAAAGCAAAAAGGCUAUCUCCCCUGUACUUGAGGCUAAAGGUAUUGGAUGGAGUCUGAACCAUGAAUGAUGAUGAUGAUUUUAUUUGUACCCCACCCAUCUGACUGGGUUGCCCCAGCCACUCUGGGCAGCUUCCAACAUACAGAAAAACAUAAUAAAGCAUUACACAUUAAAAAGCUUCCCUAUAUAGGGCUGACCCCAGGUAUCUUCUAAAGGUGUGAUGGUAUGAAUCAGGAAGGGGAGUUGCAAUCUUGGAAGACAUUCUUUCUCAGGGGUAGAGAAUCUCAGGACUGGUGAUCAAAUGUGGCCCUCCAGUCCUCUCUACUUGGCCCUUAGAACUCUCCACAGGCCACACCCCUACUCUAUAGGCCACACCUACACCCACAGGCCACACCCCUACUUCACAGGCCACAUUCCUCAUAGGCCCUGCUUCAUGCUCUGAGUGCUCCAGCCUGGCUGGAAUGAGUCCUUGAACUCAUUAUGCCUCUUGCUUGCCUGAAUGGGGGACAGAGAGGGGUGUGUGAGUGUCUGUACAAAGAUAAUAUUUAUAUCCAUUGCUCUGCCUGCUUUUACCACUGGCAGUGCCCACCAGUAGCAUGUGACCUUGGGGCUGAAACAGGCUCUCCAUCCUUGCUUGAGUGGCUUCCAUCCACCAUCCUUUAGUGAAUGGAGGACCAGGCAUGGUGGUGACUGGGCAGAGGGAUGCAACAUGGCACAAGAGUCUUUAUGCUUUACCUGCUGUUGGUGUUUAGAGUUUCCACUUCUUUUAUUUCAAAGCCGCUGGGGCCUCAGCUGUUGGGGCCAAAGGACCAGGCAGGAGCAGGAAUCUUCAAGAAAGUAUGCCACACUUGUAAAGGCAUUUUUGAUAGUUCCUUUUCUAUUACUGUCAACUGUCUCUAGUCACUAUUUCUCUCUGCAUUUGUGUUGCAUGAUUUUUUAUUGACUUCUUUUUCUAGGCCUGAGCUGCUGUUCAAUUCCUUUCAAAUUCCAAACCACAGUGAUCUCCAAUUCUGAACGAAAGGGCUUUAACUCUCAGACCAAGAGAUUUCAGUAUCCUGAGGUGAGAAACCAUAUUUUACUAAGUCUGUUCAUCUGUUUUUCUCUUAGCAGGGCAGAGCCAGGGAGUUCAUCUGGGUUCAAAUGCACCGGAUUAGUUAAUCCAUCCCAUGUAAGCCACGUGGUGUAUCUAGGCCUAUCUAUACUAUAGGGUUGCCAUACGUCUGGAAUUUCCCGGACAUAGCCGGGAAUCGGCUGUCGGAAACAACUUUUUGAAAUAUGGCAACCCUACUAUACCAUCUAUUUAUCAUUACAUCUAUAUUCUACAUUUCCUCCAAAGAACUCAAGGAGUCACACAUGGUUCUCCCUCUCCUUCGUUUAUCCCUGCGAAGUAAGUAAGGGGAAGAGACAGUGGCUGAUCCAAGGCCAAAUAGUGAGCUUAAUGGCUGAGUGCAACGAAAGCAGGACAAAAAAUAAACCUGGAACAUCUGUGAUAUAGAAAAUCACAACAUACAGGGUCCUGGGAGAUGAAAGGCCUUGGGGGCAACACUGAAAAGGGAAAUUUGCGUCUCUCUGUUAUGACCCACUUUGACCAGUAGGCGGAAGCAGAACUUCAUAGAUGGGGAGUGCUAAAUCCUUCAGGGGCACUUUGGUUCAAGGAAAAACAAUAUACAGUAUGGAGUAAGUGUGCAAAUUACACCUUUUAGCCCGUUUGCUUUUUGGAAAUGCACAUUUUCACACCACUGCUCCCAUAGAGAUUUACCUUAAAAAAAAAAGUCACAUCUCAUGCCAUCAUGGUUCUUAUUGGCCCAUCUUGGGGCUAAGCAUGCUUCCAGACAGGUGUUUAUUGUAGGAUCAGUAUUACUAAUGUCAUGCAUGAAAUUUUUGGCAGUGUCCACACAACAUCAGCAUCAAAAUGUUAGGUUUUUUAUCUCCCUCUCCCUGCCCAACAAUUUAAUCUAGAUUUAUCCUUUCUGUGGAAAAUCUGAAAAGGUUUGGGAAAGAAAUGUUUCCAAGAACCUGUUUGCAGUAUCGGAAUAGCUUGUUUGCAAUAUUAAUCCCCUGACUGGGAGCUUCAGGAUCCACAAUGUGCAACAUGGGGCCUGUUGUGCCUUUGGUCAACUGCUGGUGUUAGCAACAGACCCUCUCCCUUUCCUCCUGAGUCCUGCACAAUCUUCCUCCAGCUACUGUCAGGGACCCAAACUGCUCUCAGUUUCUCCCUUUUCUCCCUUCCCCAUCAAGAACUAUGCUUCCUCUCAGACCUCCCUUCCAAUCGCCAAUGCAUAACAAGCAUCUCAUCUGUACAAAUUUAUCUUCCACGCCACCGGCAAGCCAACCUGUUGCUAAAUUCUCAGAGUAGAAGCCAGAAGGGGCAACGCUUGAACCGUCUUCACAGUAUGCUCCUUUCUCUUCCUGAGAAUUUUCCCCUUCAUACCGUAAUUCCAGCAGGCAAUGAGCCAAGCCACAAGGAAUACAAAGGGUUUGGCAUACUCUUGAUUAUCCCUAGAGAACAUUUGCUUCUUCACAUGUAAGAGGGAGUGUUGCAUGCAUCCCACCCUUUUUGGGGACUUUUGCAAGAAAGCCAAAGUUGUGAAGAAAAGUCAGUAGCUGCUGGAAAGCAUGGAGUAGACUUAUUGCUGUGAGGCAGGGGGAAUUGGGUGAGCAAGGAAAGUCAGUGGGUUGGUUUGCAUGACAAACUAUGGGUGCCUCCAGACUGUCACUAUUUUCCAGGAGGGAUUCAAGCGUAUAAUGUAAAUUUGGGUUUGUGCACUUAAUGUGGAUUAAAGCACUCUGGCACUGUAGUACAACAAAUCUACUAAAAAGCAAACAAACCCAGGACUAUUUGUGGUUCGGAAAGUGAACUAUAAAUGCACUGGAAAGUGUGGGAUGAACAAAGAUUAACGGGUAGACUUCUAAGCAUCCCACAAGCAAAUCAGGAUGAAUGCUCGUUGUCAUAUAACCUCCCAACAUACAAAUCAGAAUGAACGCUCAAUAAAGAGUGGACACAGUAUUAUGACCUCGGAGUAAACAUUGUGCAAGCAAACCAGGAAGUGUGUCCUAAGGCUUGCCAAGGCCGUGCUGAGCUCCUGGAGAGCAGUGCCCUUGAAGGGACCAGGCAUCUCCACCCCACUGUGGCUGUGACCCAGAGCAGUCCCACAGAGAUAAGCAACAGCAGCUGGAUGUGCUUCACUGUGUUAGGCUAUAGAUGCUGAACUGAUGAGAAGAUGCCACGGCAUCUCUCUGCCUGACCUGCUGCCCUUACUAAGCCUCUUGCCACGCUGAUACCUACCUUCACUUACAUACAUCAUCACCACCGUACAAACAUCCCACUCCAUAGCAACAGGGAGCUUGGGAAGCACUCCAACCUAAAAAAAACAACCCUUCAACAUCCCAGUUCAUUAAAAACCUGAAAGGUACACUUUUACUGACGCCAAAAAGACGUAAGUGAAGGAGCCAGAUAGAAGGAGCCUCACUGGGGAGAGUGUUCCACAGGCAGUGAGCCACAAUCGAAAAGGCCCUCUCCCUUGUCAUCACCCUUCAACCUGCCCUUAAAGAAGGGACCCAGAGAAGGGUAUCAGAUGAGGAUCUUAAGAGUCUGAGUAGGUUCAUUUCAAGCCCUUACUUAAUUGUUCCAAACUAAUAUUAGUCCCAGGGACGUGGGUGGCGCUGUGGUCUAAACCACUGAGCCUAGGGCUUGCCGAUCAGAAGGUCGGCGGUUUGAAUCCCCACAAUGGGCUGAGCUCCCGUUGCUCAGUCCCCGCUCCUGCCAACCUAGCAGUUCGAAAGCACGAAGUGCAAGUAGAUAAAUAGGUACCGCUCCGGCGGGAAGGUAAACGGCAUUUCUGUCCGCUGCUCUGGUUCGCCAAAAGUGGCUUAGUCAUGCUGGCCACAUGACCCGGAAGCUGUGCGCCAUCUUCCUCAGCCAGUAAAGUGAGAUGAGCGCCGCAUCCCCAGAGUCAUCCGCGACUGGACUUAACGGUCAGGGGUCCCUUUACCUUUUAAUAUUAGUUCCAGUAGGGGGCCUAAUUUGGCCUGCAAGGCCAUUCUUCCUGAACAACGCUCACCUGCCCCAGAGGUGUGGGGCAAAUAAUUCUAUGUCUGCAAAAGGAAUAACAAGGAGCCUUUAAAUGCCUAGAUUGUAGCUGAUUCAAGUGGGGGUUGGACUUACCAGCUGGUUGGAGCCAACUUCAAGGCCUACUUUAAUUGGUUGGUAUCUUCCUCUGCAGUGCGGAUGGAACUCAGGGUUCUCUGCAAAGGCAAAAUGGAUUACCUGAUGUCAUGGUGAUGUCAGGUGAUUGACGGAUGGCAUGCUAAAGUGGCCCAGUGCAGAAGCUCAGAAUAUGUCCCGCAGAAAAAAUUUCCCACUCCACUUUAAGACUCUGCUUGACAACUUCACUGUCUUGCUUGACCCCAAAACCACCAGCUCUGGCCUAUCAGGGGAUAAACUCAGCUUCUGACAAAGCCCUGUUUGUCAUCCAUUGCAGAUUGAAAGUGGCAUCUUAAGACUGCGGGCUCAUUUUUGUUUUAUUUCAUUCUAUAAAUAGAAAAAAACCACCCAGUACUCACUUCUGGAAUGAAAGAAAAGUCGUUCUGGAAGGAGAGUUGAGUCAGGGAGGGGUGCGGCACUUUGAAAUAAUACACUCUGCCCACAUGCUGAAACAAUUCAGGCCAAAUCAGAUGUACAGGUGGGAUUAGACAUGCAAUGGAUUUGAGCUCCCCAGGUCUCUAUGUUGCUGAGCAGACACCAGGGAAACUUAAUCCUCCAUUUUCGACCCGUUUUGCCAUGCAACUUGAGACUCCCCAUUAAAAUGAGAUUAUUUUGAUUUUGAAACAAGCAGAGAAGAGGCUUCUUAGUGUACAGUGACAAUUGACAAAAACCAGCAAAACAUUCAAGAGGCUUAGCGUAUGGGAGGGUAAGUGCUGAAUCCACAUUAUAAUGCCAUUGUGUGCUUCUCCACCCAUGAGGUGACACACAUGUCGCACAUAUUCUCUCCGCUGCUGCGUGGAGGAACAAUGCAUGCCCUCACUUUGACACUAAGUGCACGUCAGAUUCCUAAGUAGGGCCUGAUUCAAGAAAUAUACACCAGUUAACUGACUUAAAGCAGUGGAUUAAACCUGCAUGUAUCUGGCGCGUUGACCUAUGGUUAAAAACCUCAUUUGUCUUCAAACUAUGUCCUGAUUAUUAUUGUUGUUGUUGAUCUAUUUAUCGCCCUUUAUAAAACUGUUUCAAGGCAAUGUACAAUAAUGUAUAAUAAUAAAAAUUAAACAUGUCAACACAAAGAAACAGUACAUACAUGUAAAAUAAAAGAGACCUGGGAAACCCUGUCAGAAGAAAAAUGCCCUCAGCUGUUUUCUGGAAAGUGCAGGUAGCAGGAGCCUGUCAUAUCUCUUUUAUCUCUUACGUAUGAAAGCAGGCACCAUCUUGGAGAAGACAGCUUCUUAACAUGUUGCUUGAGGCAAAGGACAUGGUGGCCUCCUGUCCCAGUUCCACUGCCAGAAGCCAACUAGACAGGCAGCCAAAUCUUACUUUUAACACUAGUGAUCCUCCACCACACCUGAGGCAGCAAGCCAGAUUAGGGGGCCCAGAAGAGGCCACAUGGCAACAGAGAAGGGAAAGCUGGGGGAUCAGAAGAAACGUCUAUUUGUUAUUUAUUACGCCAUGAAAUUUAUAUACUGCUUGACUGUAAAAAACCUCAAACAAGGGGCUGCUGCUACUGGCUACCCUUCAGCCCAACUAUUUGUGUACACAGGUACAUAGAGUGAAUGUAAUGUGUUGAACACAGAUGCUUAAAAAAUAUCAGACGCCAUAUUCUAUGGUUUUUCAGAAUGCCUGCAGAACCCUGCAAAGUUGAAGGUCCACUAGACUUGCCCAUCUUGGCAAUUGCUCUAGUACUUCUGCCCUAAUUUCAUCAAUCACCAAGGCUUAAAACAUAUUUGUUUUAAGUAUUUGCUGGUUUUAUCUGUAUACCAGUGGUUUUCAACCAGAGUGCCGUGGCGCCCUGGGGUGCCUUGAAUGAUGGUCAGGGGUGCCGCAGGCAACGCUGGCCUCUGUCCUUCUUUUCUUCCCUACUCUGAUGCCCUCACACAUCUCUGCCUCCCAAAGGCUUGCACAUCUGUUUGUUGCAGCAGCCCUGGCUACUAGCUCCGCAGGCAAAUAGUACCUCUGAGGCUGGCAUGGUGUGCUAGGUUGCCAGGAGCUGAUGCGGCUUCAGAGUAAGCAAGCAAGCAGAUGAGGGAGCCCAGCCAGCCAGUCCACUAGCCCUUGGCUGGACAGACAAGUCCCAGGCCCCUGUGGUAAGGUUGCCAGACGUCCCCGUUUCCCGGGGACAGUCCCCAGAUUUACAAAUCAGUCCCAUACAAAAUCCAUUGAAGUUGAAAAGUGUCCCCGGAUUCAUUGAAAAAAAUCUGGUAACCUUACCCUGUGGGGCAGUGUGAGGAGGCACCUCUCAGCUCAGAGACCAGGGGCGGCUGCCCAGAGAACUCCUAAGGAGAGUGGAGAGGAGAGAGGCUGAGGGAACUCUCCACAAGGGAGAGUGUUCACAAAAGGGUGAGAGGCUGCCGGCUCUGCAGGCAAGUGGUGACAUAAUUGGGCUCCUGAGUCCCACAGGGGUGCCGCAGAAAGAAUGUAGUUGGUCAAGGGAGCCAUGUACUCAAAAAGGUUGAAAACCUCUGCUGUAUACUGUUUUACAUUAUUUUAUAUGAAAUACUAUUUUGGUUAAGCAGUUAAUAUUUUUUUCCUAAACAAAUAAACAAUUUCCUGAGCACUGGCAAAAAUAAACCCUGUUGCAGCGGACUCUGCCCUGUCAUGAUUAUGCACUGUGUUCCUUCCCAGAAUGAAAAUCCAGGUCCAGGAUUCUAUGAUGUAAUCGAUCAAUCAACACUUCUCAACAAUGUCUCCCAGUCCCGGAAAGGAACCUGUUUUUUCCCUUCCUUGGUAAGGUUUAUACAUAUUUAUGAACGACGGGAAGAAAAAAAAAAGGCCAGCGUCAAGAAGUUAUUUGAUGCCAUUGUCAGUCUUACUGCCAGUGAAGCUUUUAAAAUGCUCACACACCUUAGUUUUCCUUUUCUAUACUGUUUAUGAGCUAUAGUAAUAACGACAAGUUUACGGUUGUCAGGAAUAGACCUGCGAUAGCCUGAUAAACAUUAAGUCAUCCACCCAGAGAUUGCUGUAAUUAAACCUGGAUUCCAUCCUCCAGUUUACCCUUGGAAGCAAAUUCUUUAGAAAUUAAUGGGACAUAAUUCAUUCAGCAAAGUGUGUUUAGGUAGGUGUUUGUUCCUCCUCUGUUGGACAACUGCCUCUGAGAGAUCAAAUAUGUAUACUUAUUUGCACAGACAGCACUCAUUCUCAAAACCCAAACACUUUGGCCAUAGGCAGGGUAGAUUUGGGGGGCCAUGUGUAUUCACUAAGGUCAAAAUCCCAUAAAGUCUAUGUAGGUGGCCCCCACAUGGCUCAGGUGCAUGGCUCAGAACUACUGGAAGCUAUUUAAAGGCAGUUUGGUUUUAUGACAAGUUCUUAUUUUAUUCUCUGGUUUAUUUUUAUAUACACUGCUUAGAAGUGUCACUGAUUAAGUGAUAUAAUGGCCUCAAAUAAAUAAACAAUGUUUACUUCUGUUGUGGCAACAACAGUAAAUGAAAAGAGCUAUCUAUCAAUCUAUUGCGGAAGAAACUGCAGUUGGUUCAGAAUACAGCAACCAGCUUGCUUUAUGAUAUUAGCCCAGCAGGGAACAUAUAACACCAAUCUUGCAUGAUCUUCAUUCGUUGUAUGUUUGCUUACAAGCUAAAUUCAAAUUGCUGAUGCUUACCUUUAAAGUCUUUUGUGGCCCAUGCCUGGGAUGCCUGAGGUCUUCUUCCAUAUAUGCCUUUCCCCAAUCACUAAGAUCCAGCACUGGAAAUACUUUGCAAAUCCAUUAUCUAUUCAGAUGGUGGCCAAUUCACAACAGACCUUCUCAACCGUAGUGUUGACCAGGCAUCCUGAAACUUGGCCCUCCAGAUGUUUUGGGACUACAGCUCCCACCAUCCCUAGCUAACAGGACCAGUGGCCAGGGAUGGUGGGAAUUGUAGUCCCAAAACAUCUGGAGGGCCAAGUUUGGGGAUGCCUGGUGUUGACUCUGGCCCAUUUAAAUGUAUCAUAAAGCCCUACACUUUCUGGCUUUGUGUAUUUUACUGGUUGCUGCACAGUAUUUUCUUGCUUUGUUUAUUUGUAUAUUUUUGCAUAUAUAUAUUUUUAAUUGCUGUUCCUCACAUUAAAGCUGAUGACUCUCAGAGUUGGUUUUCAGCUUCUUGAAUAAAAUUAUAUAUUGUGAACUUACUUCCCCAUUACUCAUUGUGGAGAGAGUCUUGGGCACAGAGAGGCACAUUGUCAGAGGCAUUAUGACACUGAAUGCCAGUUGCUGGGAAUCCCAGGUGGGGAGAGUGCGGUUGUGCAUUUUUAUUAUCUCAACAAGCCUUACAAUAAGCCUGUGAAGAAGGCCUGUAUCCCCAGAGCCGUCGUUAGCAGAUGUGGCGCCGGGGUGCAAAUAUCUGCCCAGCGCCCCCAAAUUACCACGGAUGAGGGGGGGCAAGCUGCGUACUGCCAGCCAUGGGGGGGGUGCAACCCUCCCCCAUGCCGCUGCGGGAGCGCAAUCCCCGCAGAGGCUUGGGAAGGAAGCUGCGUGCCCGCCAGCCAUAUAGUUGGUGGGGCGCAGCUUCCAUCCUAAGCCUCUGCAGGGAUCUCUCUCCUCCUGCGGAGGCUUGGGAGGCAAGCUUUAUGCCCGCCAGCCAUAUGGUUGACGGGGCGCAGCUGGCGGGUGUGCAGGGGAAAGGGAAGCCGCCGGCAAAGCCGUGCAGCUCCCACUCACUGGGGCACCCCUGAGAGGCCGGCGCCCUGGUGCAACGCACCACUAAGCCCUAUGGGAAAGACGGCUCUGUGUAUCACCAUACUACACGUGAGGGGCUGUGGUAUGAUAUAAAUGAGCGACUUCCCCAGCUUGUACCUCAUGCUUUAAACCCAUUCAGUAUGUCAUUUUGUUUACAUUUUGAGAGCACUUUACCUCAGUUUAACAUGGUUAAUAUUCUUAUGAAUGCGAUGACAACUCACAUUUACCUCACCACAGAGAUGAUAUGUUCAAGCUUUGACACAGAUGUGGUAAAUAUAAGCUGUCACCCAAAUAGGACAUUAUUACUCAUACUCCUAAGAAAAAGUGACUACGUGAAAAUGAUGGGAGAAAUCAGGCUCUGAUUAUUAUACUACAUCAGAUAGAAGCAUAGGAGUUGGCCUUAACUGGGUGGGAAUUUCUUGUUAAGAUGCCGAUCUGGUGAUUAAUGGGUGUAGGCCAAGGAUAGCCAAUCUGUGACUGGGGAGCUGCAGAAAACCCCCAAGCACUUCAAGGGUGUAUCUUGGGCAAUUCAAGAAAGAGACAGAUUAAUACCAAGACUCUCUUUUGGAUCCUUCCUUUCCUCUCCCCCCCGGUUUAUGACUGAAAUGGGAAGGAGAAGAAGUGGGAGAAAAUGGUGGCAGCAGUGAAAGAUUGGGUGGUGGAGAUUCCAGGCUGAGAAUCAAUGAAAUUUAUGGGCCAUAUUGGAUAGAACUGAGCUCUAAAGCUUUUCCUAAAGGAUAGUUAAGAGAUGCUUUUACAAAUUUGAUUUCUUUUGGAGUGAACUUCAUAUAAAAUAAAGACGGGUUUGGCAGUGUAGUGGAGGUAAUGACACCUUUUCAGGCAAGAGGAUGUUACCUUCAAGAACCACCUAUCUAGGAUGUUUUUCACCACAGCAGAUGGUCUUUCAUGACCACCAUACAGUGGUACCUUGGGUUAAGAACUUAAUUCGUUCUGGAGGUCUAUUCUUAACCUGAAACUGUUCUUAACCUGAGGUACCACUUUAGCUAAUGGGGCCUCCCGAUGCCACCACACGAUUUCUGUUCUCAUCCUGAAGCAAAGUUCUUAACCUGAGGUACUAUUUCCAGGUUAGUGGAGUCUCUAACCUGAAGCAUUUGUAACCUGAAGCGUCUGUAACCUGAGGUACCACUGUAUUUCCAAGAUGGCAGCUGGCUCCUAGAAUGGCUGGCUUUCUAGUGUUCAUUUGCUUACGAUAUUUAUAUACCAUUUUCAACAACUCCUUCUCAAAGAGCUUUAUGCAUGUCAACAAUAUUUUCAGAGCAGGUUGCAAACCCUACAGCAUCUAAUUCCUGAAAAAUCUGAAAAGUGAUAUGGCUGUUUAAGGACUGUCUCUACGUUCCCAAGUCAUCCCAUCUCAUCUCCCCCCCCCCCCCCCGGAUUACCAAUAGUGUAAACCAAAUUCCAUUUCUUUCCUUUCCAGGAUACACGUAUCGCUCGCCAGAGAAUCCACAACUAUCCUGCUGCAAAUGCCUAUAACCUCCCACCUACCCUGAUUUCCAAGCGAGACUUUAGCCUGGGGUUUUCCAGUAUGUUUCAGCAACCAAUUGCCAGGAAGAUUUCAAAAAGAUCCACUCCAGCCCCCAACCAGUAUAAUGUAAGAUGAUCUAGAGAUUGGAAAAGGGGAGGUCAGCGGUACAGAUUAAUAAAAAAUUUAAUGGGUAGGGCUGCAGCUAAUGGGGAACAGUCAUGGUUCAGUGAUGGAAGCCCCCAGGUUUGAUCCCUGGCAUCGACAGGUAAAGCUGCCAGUCAGUACAGGCAAAACUAAGCUGAAUGUACCAAUAGUCUAAUUUAGAAUACCACAGUUUCAUAUAUUCCACUUGGCAAAAUAGAAAAAGAUAUUGAAGAGUAUUUCUUGUUUUCCCCUGAUGCUUUUCUCCCACUGAUCAUUCACACGUUUCCUUCAAAAUCCGUUCAUUUGUUCUGACCAGUGAUCUUUCACAAAAAAUAAUUGCAUGGACCCAAGAAUAUUCAGAAGAACCUUGCUGUGGGAUUUGCAUCAGUAGCCACAAAAUGAAAAAUAAAGAGCAGCAGUUGUUUUAAAACAACUUGGACUAGGACCUGGGAGACCAGAGAUCUAAUCCCCACUUAGCCAUGAAGCUCACUAAGUGACCUUGAGCCAGUCACUCUCUUUCAGCUUCACAGUGUUAUUGUGAGGAUAAAAUGAGAGGAGAGGAGAGGGAAGAACUACUGUAUUUUCUGGCGUAUAAGACUACUUUUUAACCCAGGAAAAUCUUCUCAAAAGUCGGGGGUGAUCUUAUUCGCUGGCUACAGCAGCAGCUCCUGCAGCAACUCCCCACCAAAGGAUAAAACGACAGCAAAUUAAAUCAGAGGACACCAAGCUCUCUAGAUGAAGCAGAAAUACGCUUGAAAAUUGGCCCCAGAAGCCACUGGGAAGUGGAGCGGAUUUCCGAGCUGAACUGGAGACGUUUUUUUUUAAUUUUUAUUUGGUGUGCGUUGGAAGAGGGGUAGUCUUAUACGGCGAGUAUAUCCCAAACUCUAUAUUUUAACUGGAAAAGUUGGGGGGUCGUCUUAUACGCCCAGUCGUCUUAUACGCCAGAAAAUACGGUAUGUACACCACCUUGGUGGAAAGGUGGGAUAUAAAUGUCCUAAAUAAAAAGAGAAGCAAAUGCUUGGUUGGUCUUUAUGUGCCCUGUGAAACUCUUAGGCAACCGUCUGACUAGUAGUACCAUUACUUCGUCAGCGUACAGGGAGUUAACACCAAGCACAUUUCCUUUUGCCCCCUACUUUGCAGAUCACUAUUACAGUCUGUCAUCCACACCCAAAUAAGAACAUUAGGUUGUAUUUAAUACAGUUUAAAUAGGACUUCUCCUGAGAAGAACGUUCCUGAGUUAAUGGCUAACCCGUGAUUUACACUAACCCAUGAGAUAAUACACAGCAUUUGGAGAAGCCAAACAGGAAAUGAUCCAUUCACAAGGCAGACAGGCUGAAUAAUUUAUGGCCACAGGGAAGGGAGGCUGAUGGGAAGAAAGCAAGGGCCGAAGUUUACUGUCUGCACAGCAGGCUAAUUUCACAAAUAUUUAUUCAUCUUUUCAUUUAUUUUAGCAGGUUUAUAAACUGCUUCAUGGCCAGAGGCUGCUAAAAUAGUAUACAAGAUUAAAAUGGGAUCAAACACUAAACCCAAUUAUUUAAAGCAAGAAAAUAAUUUCUACAAAACUCUAAAAACAAUAAAAAUAAUGUCCGUUGUUGGUGUUGCUGCUGCUGCUAUAUGCUUGAUUCUGUUCCAGAAUACUGUAAAACAACUGAUUUUACAACUGAGUUGUAUUUAUAGGAGCCAUUUCUAUCAGCAUGUGCUAAAGAGAUAAGUAUGUCAUCGUGGGUGGGUAAUCACUUGCUAGGCUAGGUGGCUUCUGAAAUGUACUUUAGAGUAGCAUCAUUCAUGCACCAUUCACAAGCCACAUUUGACCCAUGUGCUGGAAUAGUUCAGGCUUUGUGAUUGCAUCGCAAAUGUCCUUGCCUUGAAAGUAGGCAGACUUAAACACCAGUAUUUAUUUGGGUGUUGGUUUGUUUUUUAACUAAAGUGACUGCUGGAAAGUGAGUUCAUUGCAAAACCUUUACUUUCAUCCGCAGGUCUCGGUGGACCUCAGCAACAAAAGCCGCAACACUGGUGCCAAGUCAGUGUUUUCAUCCAAAACUAAACGAGCACUGGCAAUCGGUAGCAAGGAGCAUGUGCCUUCUCCCUGUAAGCUGGGCUGGGGGAGCCUCUUUUGACCCAAAGGCCAAAUUCAAAUACCUCCCAAGGGCCACCAUCCUAAUAGUGGGCAGGGCAAAAUGUGGGAGUGGGCAGGGCCAAAUGUGGGCAGGACCCAAGAUAAAGUAAGAUGCCACCCAGUGCAGUAAAUUAAAAGAAAAAUUAAAGAAAAACAGUGCCCUUCAGUGAAACAAAUUAAAACAAUCUACAAUACCUUCUGAGUGUCCAGCUUUCUUCUCCUUUUCACCUCACCUCUUGUGAAUAAAAGCCUCUCUGGCAAUCAUGCCUUGCAACAUCGCUUCUCAAUUUAUGAUCCUCAACGCUCACAGCCAGUAAUUCAGACCUCUCCCCCUUACAAUGCAUGCAGUCAUGGCAUCUUGUCCUUUCAAAAGAACUUAAAAAAAAUUAGAGCACCAAAAGACAGAGGGCCUUCUCGGUAGUGGCACCCGCCCUGUGGAACACCCUCCCUCCCAUCAGACGUCAAGGAAAUAAAUAACUAUCUGACGUUUAGAGGACAUCUGAAGGCAGCCCUGAUUAGGGAAGUUUUAAUGUUUGAUGUUUUAUAAUGUUUUUAAUAUAAUGUUGGGAACCGCCCAGAGUAGCUGGGGAGGCCCAGCCAGAUGGGUGGGGUAUAAGUAAUAAAUUAUUAUUAUUAUUAUUGUUAUUAUUAUUAGAAAUCAAAUGCUUAGUGAUAGGAAGAAGCAAAGUUGUUCCCCAUUGCCAGCUUUCCAGGUGUAUAUGCCCAGAUUUUACAAAAAGAUAUUACAUGCUCACCUGUUCACACAUCAUUUGUGACAUAUCAGUGACCUUAAAAGGGAUGGGUGGGAAGAAACAACUUUCUUCCACUUUGCAAAUGUUUUCCUACUAGAAAGCCUGGAGGUAAUUUUUACUGUGCAGUCUAUUUACAAACCUGAGCUUCAGGAAAGGGCAAUCAAAAUGAUCGAGGGGUUGGAGAAACUCCUUUAUUUAGUUUCGUUUUGUAAAAUAUAUACACCACUUGAUUUUAAAACAACCCCUCAAAGCGGCUUGCAAAAAGAUAACAAUAAAAUUAUCGAGAAAAAUUUACAGUAGUUAAGAUGCUAAGGUCGAAAUUCACACCAACUUUCUAAGCAUCUGGGUAGGCUUGUCUAAACAAGAAUGUUUUUAGCAGGCACCAAAAACAAUACAUCGAAGACCCCUGCUUGAUAACAAUAGGCAGGAAGUUUCAAAGCGUAGCUGCUGCCCAAAUGACCGAGUAUUUACAAAUGAGGAAUAGGUAUUAUGUGGCACCUGUAACAGUGCCAAUUCCGCCAAUUGAAGCAGCCGAGUGGGCAUAUGUGGGGUAAGGUGGUCUUUUAGGUAAAACAGUCUCGUAUAUGGGCCUUAUAUACCAAUAGUAAUGCCUUGAACCUGGCUCAGUGGCAAAUCAGCACCCAGUGGAGAUCUCUGAGCACAGGUUUACCAUGCUGACAAGGCCUCAGUCCUGCCAGCAAUUGUGCUGCAGCAGUCUGCACUAACUGCAGCUUCCGGAUCAAGUGUGAGGGAAGCCCUACAUUUAAGGCAUUUUAGUUGAGAAAACAAGAGGCGACAUGAUAGGAGUAUAUAAAAUUAUGCAUAGCAUGAAGAAAGCAGAUAGAGAAAAGUCCCCGCCUGCCCACACGGUCAUAAUACUAGAAUUUGUGGAUAUCUUAAUGAAGCUGAAUGUUGGAAGAUUUGAGAAAGAUAAAAGGAAGUGCUUCUUUCACAGUGAUAGUUAAACUAUGGAACUUGCUUCCAAAGGAGGCAGUGAUAGCCACCAACUUUAAAAGAGAAUCGGAUAAUUUCAAGGAGGAGAAGGCUCUCAGUGGCUACUAGCCCCAGCUGGAGGCAGUAAUGCUUUCGAAUACCAGUUGCUGUAAGCCGUGGGGUGUGCUUAUGGACUCAGGUCCUGCUAGCCAGUUUCCUACAGGAAUCUGGGUGGUCACUGUGAGAACAGGAUGGGCCAUAGGCCUGAUCCACCAGGCUCUUAUGAACUGAAAUAGUACUGUGAAUAAGACAGGCAUGCUCUCCUGCUUCUGAAGGGCAGGAUUGGCAGUACAGUGGUACCUCUGGUUACGAACUUAAUUAGUUCCAGAGGUCCGUUCUUAACCUGAAACCAUUCUUAACCUGAGGUACCACUUUAGCUAAUGGGGCCUCCUGCUGCCACUGUGCCGCCACCAUGCGAUUUCUGUUCUCAUCCUGAGGUAAAGUUCUUAACCCGAGGUACUACUUCCGGGUUAGCGGAGUCUGUAACCCGAAAUGUUUGUAACCCAAGGUACCACUGUAUUUUCUAUUCCAAAGGGGAGGGAGGAACUACCGUAUUUUUCACUCUAUAAGACGCACCAGACCAUAAGACGCACCUAGUUUUUGGAGGAGGAAAACAAGAAAAAAAUAUAUUUUGAAUCCCAGAAGCCAGAACAGCAAGAGGGAUUGCUGCGCAGCGAUCCCUCUUGUUGUUCUGGCUUCUGGGAUAGCUGCGCAGCCUGCAUUCGCUCCAUAAGACGCACACACAUUUCCCCUUACUUUUUAGGAGGGAAAAAGUGUGUCUUAUAGAGCGAAAAAUACGGUAAUUCCUCCUCUUCUUUCAUUCAUUUCAUUCCUCUCUUGUUCCAAGUAACAGACUCUCAUGCACCAAUUUCAUUCCACUGCAGCUAAAAUGUAAGACUCGGCUGUGUACAUAACAUUCAUUUAAUGUGCAAUUUCCCCCUCCCCAAAAGAAUUCUGGGAACUGUAGUUUAGCCCACAGAGCUGCAAUUCCCAUCUCCUUUAACAAACUAUAGUUCCCAGAAUUCCUGAUUAGGGAUGCAUUUUUAAUGUGGUUUAAAUGUAUGUUGCGUGUUCAGCCUUAGUUGGGUGUCAGCCUUUUCAAAUUCCUUCCUUUCUUUUAAAAAUCUAGGUCAUUACCGAGUAAAGGAUUCCUUCAUACGGCAGGCGCCUACAGUGCUGGUGUCCUGCUUCAGAUCCAAAACAAGUCGCGAAACCAAGACAGAGACGCUGAGCCCGGGACCAGCAGCCUAUCAGCAGCCAGCUGGCAUCCCAGUCACGCCAUCCAGGAAGUUCCCUGGCCUGUGAGUUCUGAGCAACUGCACUUUAAAAGGAAUUUGUUUUGAGUCACCCAACGCCCUUUCUUAAGUAGGGAAGAUGUGCUUGUGAUCAGAAAUGAUAAAGAAGGAAAAGAAGAAGAAAUACCAAUAGACAAUUCCAAGCCCCAACUUGCUUAAGAAGCAGGGGCUCUCUUCAUCAGACUAUAUGGUGGAGCAGGGGAAAGUCAUUUGGGUUGUUGCAUGCCUUAAGAAGCAAUGCAGCUUGCAAGCCUUCAUAAGUGAUUUAGGAUGAGGAAGGGCUGUUCCUCAGCGGUAGAGCCCAUGCUUUGCAUGCAGAAGUUUCAGGGUUCAAUCUCUGGCAUCUGCAGCUGAGAAAUGCCCUUGUCUGAAACCUAGAACCACUGCCAGCCAGUACUAAGCUAAGCGGGCUCAUGAUCUAACUCAAUACAAGGCUAGGUAGCAUAGGUAGCAUAGCCUUUUCUGUUGUGAAUUCAUUUGUUUAAGCUGCUUUAGCCCACCUGUUCUCAGGGCAGCCAGCACAUCUAAAGGUUCUUCCCUGCUUCUUUUAUCCUUACAUCAGCCCAUUUAUGAGCCAGUCGUCACUCAUCACCACUGCUUAAUUCUCAAAUAAGGGAGAUGUGUCAAUCUGGCUUUUAGUGUUAUGACACCAUCCCUUUGGAGUUCCCUCCCCUUGAAUAUUUGAAAGGUGCCGGCUCUGUUGUCCUUUUGGCGCCUACUCAAGACCUUUCUUUUUCAACAAACCUUUGCAAAGCAGAGAUCUUCCCCAGUCUGCAUGUACAUUGGGAUUGUUUCUGGGUGUUUGGAUUGUUCUAUUGUUUGUGUGUGUGUGUGUUUGCCACCUGGACUCCUUAAGGAGAAAGGGCAGAAUAUAAAUUGAAUGAAUGAAUGAAUGAAUCUAAAGAGGGCUUGCAUGAUCCAGAGAGACUACAGCCACACAUAGCCUGAGUGUCUGGUAUUAAACUGAAAGCUGUGAUUGGCUGUUGCGCUCAGUGGAGCAGAUAAGAAGAGUGUUGCUCUAUACCUCAUCUCUAUGGUAAACGGCAGUUGUUGGAGUUGCACAAGUUCAAUUUAAUAACUGGAAGAGGUGAAAUGGACUGCAUUGGGGCUGGGCCCCUUUGGACCGGGCAUCACCCAGGAAGCCCUAAACCCAGAGGUGUUGGCCUGAUGGUGGCUCUUCCUGGAAGGGCAUUCUGCACACUUGCAGAAGCACCUUCUCUAUUACUGCUGCAACUGUUUCUGGACCAAAGGAGCAAAAGGAUUGUGGAGACAGCUUUUGGAAGCCCUAGCAUGAAUUUUGCAUUCACCAAUUAAGUUCAACAAUUCAUUUGAGCCUUCUGUUUAAUAAUAUGUAGGAAGCCCCCCCCCCCCACUUUCCCCUGCAUACACAGUCCUUCCUCCCCCAUACCUGCCCCAAGGUCCAGUAACUCUAUCAGUCAGUUACUCAACUAAGUCAAUUUUAUGGUGACCAUCCUGUAAACAGCAAAGUCAGUUUGCUGGAGAUAAGAUUAAGAUCUACCCCUUAAAUUCUUGCCCAUUACUGCUCAUAUCUUCCCCUUCCCCCAUCCCCGUGCAAGCCUGGAGCUCUCUGCACACGGUCAGGGGGUAUCUUUACUACAUCUCAUGCCGUUUUAAUGCAGGCUUUGUGGAGGAAGAGGGAGGGGGAGCUGGCGCUGGGUAGUGUGCAAUAAACCUCCAUGACUAGGGAAGAAGUAAAUCAAACCUGACGGGCAAAGAACAUCCAUCUACGCUGGCAGAAAAUACCAGAACUAUCAGCAUUUAGAGGCCAAUCCAACUCCCAUUUAUGUCAAGGUGAUUAAUGUGUCCAAGGCCAGAGCUACAGCUGGUGCAGAGCCACUGACUACAGCACCAGUUUGUUCCAGAUGAGCACCCUUAGAUUUUAAUGAGCUUUUUCCAGCAUAUUCUCAGAUGCAGCCCCCAAACCCUUUAAGGUACAGAGGUUCGAUGGCACACAGAAUAUGGAAAGCUGGGGCAUCCUUUAGGGAAGGUGACAAGGUGGAACACCACCUCACCACCAUGUUUGGGAUCACAUGCAAUUAUUUGUCGGGAGCCAUUGAUCAAAACGAGCCCAUUACCCUUCUUCAGGUGUUUAAACUCUUACCUGCGGAGGGAUGCAGGGCUACUUGCUCCAGCCUCUCCAGUCCUCCUCCUUUGAGCUGGAACGUCUGCAGAGGGGGCUGUAUAAUGGAGGACUGUCAGAAUAUUGAUUAGAAUGUGCCAACAGUCCUCCCUAUGACUGGAAACCCUGAAUUGAACGGGGUUUUCUGAUUCACAGGAGGACAGCAUUCAGCUGAAGACGCUUACAACUCACACCAGGGAUGAUGGCUGGCCAUUGGCACUGCUAGGGUGGGAGGCAAGGAGCCCAACAGUAGGGGGAGCCAGAGCCAAUGGCAGACGGAGCCAACUCACCCUCUUCCCUGCUGAGGGCUACAAGGGGCGAUAGGGAGACUAGGGGGGAAGCUGACAAACAGUUAUAGGUAGGCACAUAGGGGGCUGGCUGCGGGCAGAGUGGGGUUGGUGGGACAGUGACCCAUUUGCCCUUAUGGACCAGCCUCCCCUGUUUCACAUGUGUGGGAAGGUUGGGAGUGAAGGGCUCAGUAUGAAUGGCCACACAUUCCUCUGUUGAAACUACUUAAGAAAGCCUGAAGAGGGCUGGAGAGUCUGGCCUAACUCUCCCACUUCCUUCUUCCUUCUUGCUUCAGGCACAGUCAGAAGCGCUUCGCUCUCUGGCCACCUCACAGUGAAUGGCUCUUGACGUGAAUGGCAAAAUGAGCCCAUGUACCAGGCAGACAUGUCAAGCCCCUUAUUCAACAAAAGAAAGGAAAUAAGGAACGACUGCUCUGUACUUAUAAACAACUCGGCUGCUACAGUUGUAGCAAGUCAUAACAAAGGUGGGAAGGAUUCCCUGUACGCUGGAGAAACCCAAGGUUCCUCAAUUUAGAGGUUCCUCAGUUGAGAGCAAGGGUGGGGCACUGAUUCUUAUCUCCCCUAACUGCUCCCCGCCCCACCAGCGGGCCAAGUUUGAUAGGUGAGUCGAGCCAUCCAUCUGUCAACCAGAUGAUGUCACAACAAUGCCAGGUGUUCUGCUUUUGUCUAUGCACAGCACAGCACUCUACAAAUCCUGACAAUCAGCUGGUGGUUGGUGCUUGCAAAGUGGGGUGCACAGGACUUUGUAGGUACCGCCAAUCAGCUGAUCAUCAGGGUUUGCAAACCCCUUUUUGGCCCAGAUGCAUUUUUACCUACCCUGCACCUGAUGUCUUAUAUGAAUUUGGGGAUGGAGCGGAGUGUGCCUUGGCCAAACUGGCCUUGCAGGCUGAAUGGGAAGGCCUAGCUGAAUUCAAAGCCAAAAUCAGUUUGGACAGCGUCUACGAUUCUUUCUUACAGGCGAAAGUAUGGCUUGAACUUCUCAGCCCCAGCUGCCCCUCGCCCCAAAACGCCCCCUGCCCCUGGGCCUGGCCAGUAUGAAAUAGUCGACUAUGAGAGCCCUUCCAAGCAUUAUAUCUCCAGUGCUGUCUUCGUCUCAAACACAGGCCGUUGGGCAGGUGAUAAAUCCCACGAAGACAUACCUGGCCCAGGUAAGCAUGUUGUUGUUGCAAAAAGGUGUUGUGCUUCUUCAUUUAACAAUAAUUAUAACGUAUAACUAUAUUUUGGAAAGUUGUUCUAGUGUCGGUUUGCUGUGCAUUUGGACACCUUUUAUCGUAACCAAAUUUUGCAUAAUCGUUCUUGAGAACAAGGAGCAGGUUUCUUUCUAUUUUUGGAUGCCAUUUUAAAUCAAGAUGAUGGACUGAUUUUAACCACUGAUUUCAAAACUGCACUGAUUUGGAAGUUCCUUAGAAUUCCUGAGCAGCAGCAGGCAUGAGGCUGCUGAUGCUUUAAUAAGACUGCCGUCCUCACCUCACUUGCUCAAAAGAGUAACUAUUACUGGGCACCUGGGGUUUCGUACUGAACAAGCAUGUUUUUAUACUGGUGCUCCACAAGUCCAAGCUUAGCAUACAGCAGCCGCAUUCAGAUGUUACAAUGGGCUGGGAUAAAACAGCAAACUGUUGUGUGCCACAAUCCAGAAACAUAAGCUUCUAAGCCCCACCCUUUGUGUUUCCAAUAUCAAAACUUGGUGGGGUGUUACGUCAAAUGCAGGCAGGAAGGGAGAUUCCAGGCUGUUGCUAUUUUCAGGUGGGAUUCAGUCACAUACUGGCAAAUUCAGGGUGCUCAAUUAAAGUUUAAUUGUCUCUCUUGCACAACAAAACCCUUUCCUUUAUGACAGGAAAAUGCACCAGAAAGUCGCUUGGCACAACAUUGUCUAACUUCUCAAACAAAUCAAAAUUAAUGCUUGAUAAAUGGCCGACACUGUGUAACCUUCCCACAAGCUUUGUGCAAAAAAACCCCAGGGUGAAUACUAAAUAAUAAUAAUAGAUAUAAUCCGGAAGCGACCAUUUACUAAUGACUUGUUUUGACCUCAGCAAUGGACAUUUUGCAAAACAGAUAGUUGUAUCCAGCAUACAACAGUGAAAGUAAUGGGCGUGUUUUAGUCAUAGUUUCAAUGGGUCUACUCUGAGAAUGGCUAAUGUUGGAUACAACCCAGAGGCUGACUUCCUUGCGAUGCAUAGGGAGCUAUCACAGGUGGCCAAUUUGGGGAUGUCCCUUGACCCAUGGGGUUGCAUGACAGAUGGACAGAUUAGACCACAGAGGCACAAUCCAUCAGACUCUUGCCCUUGUCCAUUCAUUUCAGUGGGGCUUGUUCAGGUUAAGAGCAUAAGAAGAGACUGGCUGCUGGAUCAGGCCAAAGGCCCAUCUAGUCCAGCAUCCUGUUCUCGCAGCGCUCAGUCAGAUGCCUGUGGGAGGAGCUGAGAGCAACAGCACUCUGUGUGAUUCCCAGCAACUGGCCUUCAGAGGCUUACUCCCUCCAACAGUUAGAACAAAGUCAUUGUAGCCAAAUAGCCACUGACAGCUAUGUCCUCCCUCCAUCGUCCAAGGCAGAUAGUGCUCCAGUGUUCAUGUGAGUCUCAGGGGGUGCUGUUUGGAUUUUGCACCUCAGCACAAAAUGCUUCAGGCAUUCCCAAGCAAAGCCUUGGAUCCUUUACAGCUUCGCUGCAUAUGGUGUCAUUCAGGGAUUGGAUCCUUCGUAUAUUGCAAGGGAUUCUGGGAGUGUGUAGAUCUUCAUCCUUAAAAAAGUGGGGCAGGGGGAGGCAAUCUUCCGUUUGGAAUGAGGGAAGUUCUUGCUCUGAAAAGCUAAGUGCAUUGGCUGGAGUAGGGAACAAGUGAGAAAUAAGGGGGUUGGGUAGCCUAAGAAAAUGGAAACCACAAGAAUCCAACGGUAGUGAACUGGGAGGAUUAUGCUUGCUGAAUGAAAAUAAUGAAAACAGCCCAGCCUGUUUCAAUUAAAAUCUUCCUCAGGGGCACUGGGAUCUUAUGUUCCUUUCCUUCAAAGAGAUUUCUUGUGAGAAUCUUUGUCUGAAAGAAUCUCUCUGUCUCUGCCUCUCCCUCUCUCUUUCUCUCUCAGGAAUGAGACUACAUUUAAAUCACAUGGUUCCCCUUCCACUCAAAAGAAUUAUAGGAACUGUAGUUCCCACACACAGACCUACAAUUCCCAGCACCCGUAACAAACUACUAUUUCCACAGUUCUUUAGAGGGCAGUCAAGUGCUUUAAAUAGAUGGUGCGUAUGAUGCCUGAGACUCUGCUCUUUUGACUCCAGCUUGCAGGAGGUUCAGUCCAGUGCCCCCCCCCUUUAUAAGCAAGUAAUUGCCAUCUGUACGUCACCAGAUGUAAUAGCCUAUGAUGGAACAAAAGAACAAAACAAAAACACCAGCUUCCAGGAGUUGCGUAACAAAUCAUCUUUGGGAAACCAUCAUUCAGCUCCUUGUCUUGCCACCACAGGGUUUACUUGGUUGUUCUUAAAUUAAUGGCAUCUUUUAAAAAUUCUUGUGAUGAGAUAGAAAGGGCGGACAGUGCGUCAGAAAGGAAAGGAGGAUGACAGGUGCUGAUUCUUAAGCCCUGUAAUGGUUGACUUGCCCAGCUGGGAAGUGACUUUAAUAGCUAGCUUUGCAUCUUGUCAUCUGUCCCAAAACUAUAUUCAUAUUUAUUUGUUUUAGGGCUUUUUUUAAAAAAAAAUUAUUUGAGAUUUCUAACCCGCCCUGACAACAGAAGUUCAAGGCAGGCGACAGCCUUUUAAGAAUAAAAUACUAACCAACACCCCCUCAAUACACACACACACACACACUUAAGAGUUUGGGAGGCCAUAGGUUAUUUCCUUCUAACCCCUGGAUCCAGCAAGUGUUAAAAUACAGGAUAACCCAGGCUAACAUCCUGUGUUGAGGUGAUUGCAACAAAUGGCAAUAAAAAGUCAACAAUAAAACCUAGUACAGUAUGUGCUGUAAAUUUAAUUUGGGAAGGAAUGUCUUAAUCUUUAUUGAGGUCCUGUGUCCCUAAAAUAUGGGCAGGCUUAGAAAGGUAGGAAGGUAGGUUAUAUUUUAGAAAAAACAUGAUUUUCUAUUUUCAUUUGUGCACUAAAGUUUAUCUGUGAAAACAGAAAGCAACAACAUUAAAUGGAAAGUAUUUCCUUCCUUUUUAACAGCUGGCUUCUCCACUUACCCUUUUUCUGUUUUGCUUUGUGUGUGAGCAUCAUGUUAGCAGUGUAGUGUGGUAAUUAGGGUGUCAGACUAGCCAUGAAGCUCAGUGGGUGACUUUGGGCUAGUCAGCCUAACCUACCUCACAUAGUUGCUGUGGUGGUGUGGGAGGAAGAGAACGAUGUGUGAGGAAAAUGAAAUAUGUGAACCCCUGUGAACUGACGUGUGUGUGUGAACAACAAAAAGAAAUGGCUGGGUGCCUGGAUUCAAAAUGUGUGGCUUUUACACACAGAGCCCCAGUAGCAGAGUACUAAGAUCACAAAAUUAACCACCAAUAUAGCAUAUAGGUUGUUAAACCCUCUUUACCCUGUUCAGCUGCACACUGUCGCUGACCUCUUUCUACCCCUCCUACAAGCAGUAGACCCCACACUGCUAAGUAAGUUUAAAAUGAUUUACUUGCAGAUUCAAGGUGUCAGUCAUGCAUUGUUCCAUGCAGCAGCAAGGAUAAUAAAGGCAACAUAUUUUUGGGUGGAAAAUACAGAAUUUAAUUCCAAAUACAUGCUGUAAGCUCAGGAGCAAGCUAACACACAUCCUGUUUCAUUGGUUAUAUGAUGCUGAGAGAAAGGAAGUAGAAAGGCUAGACAUAACUGAGUCUAUCUAGCAAUGCAAUUCUGCUGUCCUUAACUCCUUCAUAUACUAACUAGCAGUCCUGCAUAGAUAUGUUUGACUGCAAUCUCCCACAAGAGCCAUAUAUGCUGUACUGAGCUCCUUGCAGGAAAUGUAGGAUAUAAGUGUAAAAUCAAAAUUAAAUACCUUUCAGAGGGAUUGUUGUGCUUUAUUAAAGUGUUGUUUGGACGAACAGCUGUAAAUCAGCUUUCUGCUUUACAUUGUUAGCAGGUGCUAGUGUGAAGAGUCUCUUAAAAGCCAACCUCGUCUUUUCCAUUAAAAAACCUCCAGAGAAUUCUGAAUGUGUGAGCAGACCAUCUCAUGGGGCAAAAUGCUCAACACAAUAGAGGGUGACAGAAACCUCACUGCAGUCCAUGACAGUUACAGCCCAUGAGUUGUAACAUUAUCUUUCCGUCAGUGACUGGGGCUUAUUGGAGUAAGUAAGCAAUACAAGAAAUAUGAACCUAAGCCCCUCUGACAGAUUAAUGUAGAGCUUGAAACGUAGACAAUAGCAAUUUUACCCAUUAUUUACAGUAAGUAAUAAUGAUUCAUUGGUAGGAUUUGUACCUCUACUGAGUAGUUGAAUUGUCAAAGCAGAAAAAGCAUUCCCAUGCGUUAUCAGAACUGCAGCCCAUGACUUCUUUCAUAGGUAACAAGAUGCAAAGGAUAAAACUCCCGUUCUUCCAAUCUGGGUUGCUUCCACGCUAGCCCUUUGCUCUGGAAUCACCAUCUUUUGUUGAAUCACUUUGUGCAGAGAAUCCAGACAACAUUGUAAAAUAGUUGCAUGCCAUUGUUUUCUGUGCUGACCCCCUGUUUUUUUCCAUACUUGACUUGUACAGGUAUAUAGCAAUUUAAAAAUUGCAGCACCAUACCAACCUGUGUAGGGGACGUGGGUGGCGCUGUGGGUAAAACCUCAGCGCCUAGGACUUGCCGAUCGCAUGGUCGGCGGUUUGAAUCCCCGCGGCGGGGUGUGCUCCCGUCGUUCGGUCCCAGCGCAUGCCAACCUAGCAGUUCGAAAGCACCCCCGGGUGCAAGUAGAUAAAUAGGGACCGCUUACCAGCGGGAAGGUAAACGGCAUUCCGUGUGCUGCGCUGGCUCGCCGUCACGCUGGCCACGUGACUCGGAAGUGUCUGCGGACAGCGCUGGCAACCAGCCUAUAGAGUGAGAUGAGCGCACAACCCUAGAGUCUGGCAAGACUGGCCCGUACGGGCAGGGGUACCUUUACCUUUACCAACCUGUGUGAACUGGCAAAGUGCUAUUGAGCUUUUAAGGUCUACUGUGCUUUUAAUUAAAAGCUUCCUCCUAGUGGUUUCUAUUUUGUUUUGUUCAUUGUUACUGGGAGAUCGGUGAUUAAUUUCCCCUUUAAUUAGCCAGCAUCUUUCUGCAGUGCAAAGGGUUUUUAAUAGCUAUUUCCUUUCAUUAUUUCCCUACUUUUCUUUCUUUUAUUGUGAAAUAUUGCCAUUUCACUAUAAAAAACAAUUCAGAGAAACCAGUAAUUAAAGCCACUUCCCCAUGUAAUUAGAACCUAAUUAACCACUACUCUCCCAGUCACACUGAACAGGAAGCAGUAAAAUAGGCAGAAAAGAAGAAACUUUAAAUUAACAUUCCAUUUAAUCAGACUUAUGCCCUCUAGCCCAGUACUGUCUACUCUGGCUGGCAGCUGUGCUCCAAGGCAAAAAGUCAGAGUUAUACAUUCUGAAGCAUACCUAGGCUCCCAGCCCAUUACUCGCCUCGCCAUUAGGGUGGCUACUUUCACUUAGCCCAAAAGAGAAGAGGACAAUUUAUUUAUUUAUUUAUUUAUUGCCCGCCAUUCCCCUCAGAACUGUCUCAGAUUACUGUUUUUGCACCUUGGCAGCCAUGGAAAAUGCUGGAUCAGUGUUUUUCCACACUUCAGCCAAUAGGAGGAGUUGUGAUCUGCAAUUUGAUUCUGGUUUGGUGGUGAGAAUAUCAAUGAAAAAUUAUGCCAUUUCAAGAGGAUCUGUUUUACUUCUCCCUCCCAGUCACUCAUUUUCUCUCUCCCUUUUAUCUUCUACUCACUCAGUCACCCCACUUUCUAUUCAGCCGCUCAGGUGCCAAUGUUGAAAAUCACAUAGAGCUGAAAGGGGGAAGGAGGAGUCACUCUUCCAAGUUCCUCCUUCAGGUCUAUGUACUUUUCAAGGGGGAGAAUGGUAACCACCCUGGUCCCUUCCUGACAAAAGGGGCAGUGAGCUGGGGCGGGGGGGCAGGGACAGAGACAGGGUUGUGCGUAUCCUCAAGUACAGUGGUACCUCGGAAGUCGAACAGAAUCCGUUCUGGAAGUCCAUUCCACUUCCAAAACAUUUGGAAGCCGCGGAAGCUGCGUUUGAGUUCCAAAGAACAUUCGCAAGCCAGAACACUCACUUCUGGGUUUGCAGUGAUUGGGAGUCAAAAUGUUCGACUGUAUACCAUUGUACCCACACAAUGCACUAUGGGCAUAUCCCUGAUAUAGAGAUGAACAAGCUGGGAAAGAUUCAUCUGCUAAAUGUCUGUGAGCCAGGCUGCUAUUAAAAGGAUAGGAGUCAGGUUAGUUAGCAAAGCAGACAAUUCCAAUCCUCAUUUGCGCUUGCACUGGGGGCUGCUAGCUCUGACGGGGCUCCUUUGCUUUGAACGGCAUAGAACGGCAUUCAGCAGACAAAGCUCAUCCUGACAUGCACAGGCAUCUGGUCAAUAGCACAGGAGCCCCACCGGGGGAGGGGGAGUUGGCAACCCAACACCUAGCUAUAUUUCUUCUUCUGCGUUGCCUGUUGAAGAAGGCCCAGGAGCCUUGGCCUCCCUGGCAUCUGCACAACCUAGCAAAAUAUCUGUUUGGAUUUUCAAGGAAAGGUAGGAACAAGACUCACCUAGCCAGGUAUGUGUGGUAGUACAGUGGUACCUCGGGUUAAGUACUUAAUUCGUUCCGGAGGUCCGUUCUUAACCUGAAACUGUUCUUAACCUGAAGCACCACUUUAGCUAAUGGGGCCUUCUGCUGCCGCUGCGCCGCCGCUGCACAAUUUCUAUUCUUAUCCUGAAGCAAAGUUCUUAACCUGAAGCACUAUUUCUGGGUUAGCGGAGUCUGUAACCUGAAGCAUAUGUAACCUGAAGCGUAUGUAACCUGAGGUACCACUGUACAAGAGUGCACUUCAUGCAAAAACGUAAAAGCUGCAAAACCCACCUAUUGAGUCCUGAGAGUCAACCUGCCAUCUUUUAUGUCUGUUUCUCCUUCUAGGGGCAUACAACAUCCCCGUACCGCAAAAGCAAUCCUUCAUCUACAACACCACCAAUAAAUGGGUGCCGGUAUUGUAAAGCAGAGGAUCCCACGGUGUCGGUUUGGCAAGCGCUCUUAUUUGCAAGUGCUGCAUUUCUCUGUGUUUUUUUUUUUUUAAAAAAAGAACGAAUGAAUUUUGCAUUCACUUGCCUGUGAACAAGACAUGAUACCCACCUGCUUGAAAUCCUGUAUUUCCUGGGGCGGGCGGGUGGAGUGGGCCCUGAGUCUCUCCUGUUUCGCACACAUGACAGAAGAUGAGUUUUGGAUAUAGAGAAUGGAUGUCGUUUCAUUGUUGGCUUUUGGUGGACAGUGGAUUGUUCAUGCCAAUAUUUAUUUAUAAAAAUUAAGAAGCCUGACCUGCCUGGCUCCUACUUUCUCACCAUCUCAUUGGGAUUAAAAUAUUGGAGAUGGGGACUGUUGAGAGGAGGUGAUAGAGGGUUUUUAUUUAAAAUGAUAUACAUGGUGCCGUGAAGGUGAACAGAGAAGUAACAGAGCUUGGGCUCACCUAGUGAGAUUUAUUAGGACAGAGGAAAGAAACUGCUUCUUAGUGCUUCAGAAAUGGAAUUCACUAGCACAUAAUGGCUGUGAGCUUUACUGGCUUUAGAGAGAGAUUAGACAAAUCCAAGGAGGAGGAAUGUGCUGAACGGGGACACCCUGUAGCAGUGCCAACCUUGUAGGGUUGUUCACUAGCAACGGGUAAUUUGCCCCACCUCUCUUUUUCUCUCUUCUUGUCACUACCCAUUGACUUGCCACUGCCAAUGGCCGUCUGCUGACUUCCAAGUCUCCUGCCUGGCGGUCACUUCCUCCUACUCUCCCAGUCUCUUUAAACCAGCAGCAUAGCCCCAAAUGAUCUAAACAACACAGGUACCCUUCCCACACCCAUUACUCUGCAGCAGUCACACACACUGCUGCCUCUUGGUAGAAGCCAUCCAAUGUGCUCUGAGCUCUGCGCUGAUCCUGCACUGGGGACAGCGCAGUUUGUGUCCUCAGUCCUUCUCAGCUCGUGAGCAGCUUUCCCAUACAUUUGACUCCAUUCUGUUUGAAGGAAAUGUGGGUAAAGUUUACCAUGAAUGUCCAGUUGAUCACGUGUUGCCGGGGCAGCGACUGAGAAACAGCUCUAAGGUCAGGCCAAACCAGCUGUCCCUGCCUGCUGCUGAUUCCACUAGAAUCACAAGCUCUUUGACAUAACCUUGGGCACCCGUAAGACUCACUGUCACACCUGACAUUUCAGGAGUUUAUGCUUCAUUUUCCAGGAAAGUGUCAAUGGGUUCUGGGUGAGGAGUGAAGAAUGUAGGCCCAUGCUUCGGAAUAUGCGCCAGACACACAUGAUCUGCCUGAAAGCAAUUUGCCACUCUCCCAAACUUUCCCUCAAGCCCACUCUCAGCCCCGCCACUAAGCUGAGUGAACUGAGCCAGGGGAGUUAGGCUGUCCUCUCUCUCCAUUGACCUCUGAUGGGUGACACUCCCUAGAACCAAGUGUGGGGUUUAGGGUCAUUUGACAACAUGGGUUGAAUAGAUCUGUGCCCUGCUUGAGACGUGGUGAAAGGGUUGUGUGACUUAAUCCCUCGGUUCGAACCCUUGAUUGGCCAACAUCCUGGUGAUAUAGCAGAACUCAAAGACAAAUAAGCAUCUUUACUCCUCCAGCAAAACCUCUAUGGGCCACAGGAAUCCAGCGCCAUUUUUCCUUUUGCAUAGUGAAGGAUGGGCCUAAGGUUGCCACCGCCACAACAACAAAUAAUGUUUCCUGCUCUCUCAUUCCCCUUACCCACCCAAUGGUGGACUGGAUUUUCCAGUUGACAAGUAAUUCCCAAGAAACAAAAGAUUGCCAUGAGUGGGUGACCUACACCACCUACUUUUAAAUAAAUAAUUAGAUAGGACAACACAGAUCUACAAUCAGAUGUCAUGCCUCUAAAUUUUAGCAAAUAGCUGCAGUACGGCCCUGAUUUGGAUCAGAUAGCAGCACUGCGAGGAGGAGUUGUGUGUGUGUCUGACUUGUUUAUUUAGUGCAUGAUGCUUGUUCUGGGUGUUAGAGGUCGAUUUCCAGAUGGGGUCUUGCAAUGGGAGGGAAAGUAGCCACACCCUUAGAAACAUUUGGGCAUGAACAUGUCAUGCAUGCAAAAUGGCCCCAUAUUAAUCCCUGACAUCUCCAGGUAUGGCAGAGAAGGAUUCCCUCUUUGAAAUUCUGAAGAGCUGCUGCCAAGCUAUUUAGACAAUAGAGAGCUAGAUGGAUCAAUGGUACAAAAUCAGUGGAAGGCUGCUUUUUAUGCUUACAACCAUUUCCCUCAAUAUUCUAAAAAUCACAAUACUAUGUUGUUCCCGCUCAAGGGAAACAUAUGUGCACACAUGCACCCACUUGUCUUUGUAUGCUUGAGUAUAUUUCCCAUCAAAAGUUCGUUUGCCUUUCCCGCCAUUGUUAUCUCUCUUUUGCAGCUUAGGCAUACCCACCCACACCCCACUGUCAUCCUUUCCUGAGUGAUUCCAACCAAUCCUGGCCGACAUAAUAAAUGCAGUGACAUAAUACACAGCAGCCAGUCAGAUUUGGCUGCAGGACUGUGUCCCAAAGCCAAUUCAAUUCAAUGAACAAGGUAUCUGGUUAAAGCCCUUCAUCAACCCAAUGGGACAAUGAUUUACAGGGGUCAACCAUGUUCACAAAAUACCCCAAUAUCAGCUAAGCCCCUGUCACUUGUGACGCUGGGUGCAUACGAGGGGGCUUUAAGGCCCAACCCAUUUGUAAUUAAUCCAUUUCCCCUUGAUGAUGAUAAUAAUAAUAAUGUUUUUAUUAAUUCCCCAGCCACUCUGGUGACCUACUGGCCCAAAUGAAUCUACCACCUUUACCAGCCUUCUCCCUUGAGAAGCUCUCCUCCUAUCACCUCCAGCUUGGUGCAACUUCUGUUUCUGCAAAGGACAGAAGCUGCUUCCUAAGAGAGGCCUGGCUUAGGCACAUUGUCAGUCUAUGGAAUGUUAUCAAAGCUGCAUUUUUGCUGGAAGCAAGACUCAGCAGCCAAGGUCUCCUUGUUGCCCCACUUCCAAAAUGCCCCUGAAGAAAUGAAAAACCCAUCCCUAUUCACUACUUAGGCUGUCCCAAGCUUGCUUUCAGUCUUUGAAUCUUUAUUACCAUAAUAACAACAUACACUUUUUUUU